GAAGAUGCUGUUGGUUUUACCCUCUCAUGGUUCAAUUUAAAAAAAGAAUGAUGCAAUAGUAUUCAUCUGCUGCUAGCAAUGAUGCAGAUAAUUGUUAAAACAUUGGAUGAAAAGACUAUAGAUCUGGAUGUGGAGAGUAGUGAUACAGUUAAAAAUCUUAAAGCCAUGAUUCAAGAAAAGGUUGGGAUCUCCCCUGACAAGCAAAGAUUAUCAUUUUUGGGAAAGCAGCUUGACGAUGGGUGCACCCUGGCUGACUAUAACAUCCAGAAUGGGUCUACUAUUCAUAUUCAUUUUGUUUUGGGUGUCAGAGGUGGGAUGCAGAUUUCUGUUAAGACUUAUGCAGGAAAAACAGUAAGCCUUCAAGUGAAGAGUAGUGAUACAAUUGAAGAUAUUAAAGCAAUGAUUGAAGAAAAGGUUGGGAUCCCAUCUUUCCAGCAAAUAUUAGUAUUUUCGGGAAAGCCGCUUAAGGAUGAAGACACCUUGGCUGAUUAUAACAUCCAGAAUAGGUCUACAAUUUAUUCUAUUAUGGCACUCAGAGGUGGGAUGCAGAUUUUUGUGAGGACUCUAGCAGGGAAAACAGUGAGCCUUGAUGUGGAGACUUGUGAUACAGUUGACAACUUGAAGGCUAAGAUUUAUCUUAAGCUAGGAGUUCCACCUAGUGAACAGAGGUUGAUCUUUUCUGGAAAGAAGUUGGAGGAUGGAAAGACACUUUCUGAUUAUAAAAUUGAGAAGGAAUCCACUCUUCAUCUUGUUAUUCGUCUUCGAGGUGGUAUUCACUGA